GGCCUUCUUCCUCCUUUCAUUUCCCUUUUCUCGUAGGGACCGUUCCCUACCCAGCCGAAAAAAUAUCAAAAAUUCGAAGAAUUCCACAUCUCCAUUCCUCCUCUCCACCCUCUUCUCCAGUUUCCUCUUCUCUCCUUCAUUUUUUUCCAUAGAAGAAGAAAGAUGCCGACACCGUCUCCGGCGUCCCUAGGGUUCUCGGCUGCCUCCGUGCCCCUACUUUCCGCCAUCGUCGGCGGCGUCCUCGCCCUCCUCCUCUUCGCCGACUACUUCCGCCGGAAGCGGGCCGAAGUCGCCAUGAUCGCUCCCGCCGCCGUCCCCGACCGGAGCGCUGCCGAUCAUAAGGCCCCCAAGCCCGCCCCCUCCGCCGCCAAGAAGUCUCAUCCGAGAUCCCACUCCCACCACACCGACAAGGACCAGAACAAGAAACACCACGCUCUCGAUGUUAACACCCUGAAGGGCCAUGGGGAUGCGGUUACUGCCCUCUGCUUUUCCUCUGAUGGCCGCAAUUUGGCAACUGCUUGUGCCGAUGGAGUUGUCAGAGUAUUCAGGAUUGAUGAUGCUUCCAGUAAAAGCUUCAAGCUGCUGAGGAUAAACUUGCCGGCAGGGGCCCACCCGACGGCAAUUGCCUUUUCCGAGGAGGCUUCAUCGGUGGUAGUGGCAGCUCAGCUCCUCUCUGGUGCCUCUCUCUACAUGUAUGGAGAUGUAUUUGCCAAACCUAAUGGUGAGAGCAAGCAGCAGGCCAAGCUUCCCCUCCCUGAGAUCAAGUGGGAGCAUCAGAAGAUCCAUCACAAGAGCUCUGUGUUGACCCUGGUAGGGGUUUGUGCAACAUAUGGAAGCGGGGAUGGGAGUACAAUCCUUGCUUCAUGCUCAGAAGGGACUGAUAUUAAACUUUGGCAUGGUAAAAGUGGGAAAGACUUGGGAACUGUUGACACAAAUCAGUUGAAAAACAACAUGGCUACUAUAUCACCAAAUGGACGUUUCCUGGCUGCUGCAGCCUUUACUGCAGAUGUGAAGGUUUGGGAGAUCAUCUAUUCCAAGGAUGGUUCAGUGAAGGAGAUUGUGAAAGUUAUGCAACUCAAGGGUCAUAAGAGCGCGGUAACUUGGUUGUGUUUCACUCCAAAUUCAGAGCAGAUAAUUACCGCAUCAAAGGAUGGUUCCUUACGAAUAUGGAAUAUCAAUGUUCGAUAUCAUCUUGAUGAGGACCCGAAAACCCUAAAAGUGUUUGCAAUUCCACUUCAUGAUGCCAAAGGAUCUGUUUCACAUUAUGACCGCAUUAGCAUCUCUCCCAACGGAAAAAUUCUGGCAGUCACUAGUGGCUCAACAUUGCAAUGGUUAUGUGCUGAAACAGGGAGGGUUUUGGAUACGGCUGUUAAAGCACAUGAAGGUGACAUCACAGGCAUUGCUUGGGCUCCUCAAUUGAUUCCUAUGGGUGGUGGACCCACUAUGGGUUUAGCCACAGCCGGUGCUGACAAAAAAGUGAAACUGUGGUUGGCUCCAGAGCACCACUCUUCAUGACUGAUGCACCAUAGUCAGCUUCUGCAGAGAUGUUUGAUCAGUUUUACUGUGGAGAGUAUCAAAGUGCAUCACAAAUCUAACCUGGAUCCCCCUGCUUUUAUAGUUUUUAUGUUCUGACAAGCAGUACCACAGCCAAGUUACAAUAGAGAUACAUUGUCCAAAUCCCAAAAUUUGUUCACCUGCAGAUCAAUUCAAUUUGGGUAGUAGCUGGACAUACGGUUCUCAAGUUUGGGUUCACAGAUUGGUAACAAUGUUUUUGUCUGAUAUCUAAUGCGAUAGAAUAUCCGGUAGUUUCUAUGUUGAACUACAAACAACUGAUUUCCCCCCUUUUUCCUCCUAGUUUUCCUUCCAUUCAAGUUUGCGCUCAAAUAAGGAGGAUGUGGCUCCAGAGAGGAACUAUAAUUAGUAUGUGAGAUUUAAUUUUUUCAACAAGUUCUAGGAAAUUCUCUCUUUUUUCCUUUGAUAUAUUAUUAUGAGACGGAGAACAACUUGAGGGUAUUAGCAAGGACUUGGGUGGAUUCUCAUUG